ACGGCUGGAGGCCACCGAGAAGAAGGAGGAAGCAGCGGUGGCGGCUGCUGCGGCGGUUGCACCGGGGGCCGGGGUGGGCGCCGCGGUCCGGGCCGGGCAGUGAGGCGCGGGCGGCCGGGCCGGUGGGCUGGGCGGCGGGCCCGGCGGCCGCCCCCGCGCCCUUGCCCGCGCCUGGCGGCCCGAUGUGGCUGCAGCAGCGGCUGAAGGGGCUGCCGGGACUGCUGUCGAGCAGCUGGGCCCGCCGCCUCCUCUGCCUGCUCGGCCUCCUGCUGCUGCUUUUGUGGUUUGGGGGGUCCGGCGCGCGGCGAGCGGCGGGCGGCCUGCACCUGCUUCCCUGGUCCCGCGGUGAACCGGGCGCCGCCGAGCCGUCUGCUUGCCUGGAGGCGGCCACCCGCGCCUGGCGCGGCCUGCGGGAGCGCGGCGAGGCGGUACCGCUGGGCCCUGGAGUGCCGGCCCUGGUGGCCAACGGCUUCCUGGCUCUGGACGUGGCCGCCAACCGGUUGUGGAUGACCCCCGGGGAGCGAGAGCCCGCCGUGGCGCCGGACUUCGUGCCCUUCGUGCAGCUGCGCCCGCUGAGCGCGGUGGCUGAAGCUGGAGAGGCGGUGCUGCUGCUGCGGGAGGGGCUGCUGCGCCGCGUGCGUUGCCUGCAGCUCGGGUCCCCAGGUCCUGGCCCCGUGGCCGCCGGCCCCGGGCCCGCCUCCGUCUCUGGCCUUGCCGCGGGGUCCGGCCGCGACUGCGUGCUGCUGCAAGAGGACUUUCUGGCGCACCGGGGCCGACCCCACGUCUACCUGCAGCGCAUCCAGCUCAACAACCCCACGGAGCGCGUGGCCGCGCUGCAGACUGUGGGGCCCACUGCCGGCCCAGCCCCCAAGGCCUUCACCAGUACCCUAGAGAAGGUCGGAGACCAUCAAUUCCUCCUCUACUCAGGCCGGUCCCCGCCUACGCCCACUGGGUUGGUGCACCUGGUGGUGGUGGCCGCCAAGAAGCUAGUGGACCGCCUCCAAGUGGCUCCCAAGACGCAGCUGGAUGAGACGGUGCUGUGGGUGGUGCACGUCUCUGGCCCCAUUAACUCCCAGGUGCUCAAAAGCAAAGCAGCCAAGGAGCUCAAGGCGCUGCAGGACUUGGCCCGGAAGGAAAUGCUGGAGCUCUUGGAGAUGCCAGCCGCGGAGCUUCUUCAAGACCACCAGCUCCUCUGGGCUCAGCUCUUCAGCCCAGGAGUGGAAAUGAAGAAGAUCACUGAUACCCACACGCCGUCUGGCCUGACCGUGAACCUGACACUCUACUACAUGCUCUCCUGCUCGCCAGCCCCGCUGCUCAGCCCCUCCCUGAGCCACAGGGAGCGAGACCAGAUGGAGUCGACCCUCAACUAUGAAGAUCACUGCUUCAGUGGCCACGCCACCAUGCACGCCGAGAACCUGUGGCCGGGACAGCUGUCCUCUGUCCAGCAGAUCCUGCAGCUCUCCAACCUGUGGAGGCUGACCCUCCAGAAGCGUGGCUGCAAGGGGCUGGUGAAGGUCGGCGCCCCAGGCAUCCUGCAGGGCAUGGUGCUCAGCUUUGGGGGGCUGCAGUUCACGGAGAACCACCUCCAGUUCCAGGCUGACCCCGACGUGCUGCACAACAGCUAUGCAUUGCAUGGCAUCCGCUACAAGAACGACCAUAUCAACCUGGCCGUACUGGCGGAUGCCGAGGGCAAGCCCUACCUACAUGUGUCCGUGGAGUCCCGCGGCCAGCCUGUCAAGAUCUAUGCCUGCGAGGCGGGCUGCCUGGAUGAGCCAGUGGAGCUGACCUCGGCGCCCACGGGCCACACCUUCUCAGUCAUGGUGACACAGCCCAUCACGCCACUGCUCUACAUCUCCACCGACCUCACACACCUGCAGGACCUGCGGCACACGCUGCACCUCAAGGCCAUUCUGGCCCAUGAUGAGCACAUGGCCCAGCAGGACCCCGGGCUGCCCUUCCUCUUCUGGUUCAGCGUGGCCUCCCUCAUCACCCUCUUCCACCUCUUCCUCUUCAAACUCAUCUACAACGAGUACUGUGGGCCUGGAGCCAAGCCCCUCUUCAGGAGUAAGGAAGAUCCCAGUGUCUGAGUGAACUAACAGUCCUGCUUUCAGCCACCAUUUGCACAAGACACCCAGCACUGAAAGUCCUGCUGCCAGGAGCAAGGGAUCCUUUGGAAGCACCCGCCCUUUGUGCCUUGUUGGGGGAAACCAGUGACGCAGAAGCGAAUGUGGAUACACCAGAGUUUGCAUUGGAAGGAACGAGUGUCACGUGGGGAGGGAAGGGGCCAGUGGACCUUUUGUAAGCUUUCCACUCAAUAAAACGAACCUGUAUGGCAAAUACUUGAAAUGGAACUCACUCCUUCCACUUUCCCCCUUUCUUCUGUCCCAGGAAAUAGACCGUCUUUUGAAAAGACUCUUGUCUAGGGAAAGUUCUGUCCUUUUCCGAAUUUAUCGUGUUCUUUCUUGAUGAAGUUUUAAUUUAUUUUUGUUGAGAUUUUGCUAGAUGGCUUUUGCAUCCCCUGUAGAUGGUGAGUGUUGGCAGUGAUGUCCGUCUCAGCCUUCGGAGGCCCCACGGUCCCGAGGCUGGCCCGGGGUCCCCAGGGUGGCUGGGCUGCUGCCUGUAGGAGGGAGCGGGUUGCGCUGUCAUCCUCGGGUUUGCACGCCCUUUCUUAUGAGCCUGUGGACAUCUGUGGUUUUGUGCUUUGGGGCUUCAGGGGAGGUGUUUAACUUUCUAGUGAUUGAUGAUUGUCAGGUUUUGAAACACCAAAGCUUUUUUGUUCUGUUUUUAAAUAAAUAUCUUUCAAAUUU